UAAGUUAAUAAAUGCUGAUUGGCAUCAUUGAUGAAGAGGUGAUAGCAGAAGAAUGUUGAUGUGAGAACCGUGAAAACAUAACUAUUGAACUGAUUGUUGGGGUUUAUUUAAUCGAAAUUAUCAUUUAGUCUAACAAUUUUAAAAAAAUAAUUUCGAAUGAUUUGUUUAACUUGAAAAUAAAAAAUACAUAUAUCUUUACAAACUUGCACUAAAAUGGCCGGGCAAACUUUGCAUGAUAGACUUGUGGCUGCAAAGCAUACUAUUUAUGGACAAAAUGUAGAAAAAGCUGUUUGUAAAGCUACUACUGAAGAAAUUAUAGGACCAAAGAAAAAACACUUAGAUUAUUUGAUUCAUUGUACUAAUGAACCAAAUGUAUCAGUGCCAGAGCUGUGCAAUUUCCUUAUUCAGAGGACACAACAAACUUCCUGGGUGAUGGUUUUUAAGUCUUUAAUUACAGCUCAUCAUCUAAUGUGUUAUGGCAAUGAGAGAUUUAUUCAGUGCAUGGCAACAUCUAGUUGUUCAUUUCACCUGAGUAGUUUUGUUGAUAGGACUGCAUCUCAAGGUUAUGACAUGUCUACCUUUGUACGAAGAUAUGCUAAGUAUUUAAAUGUUAAAGCUUCUACAUACAGAGUAAUGGGUGCUGACUUUUGCAAAAUGAAAAGAGGGAAAGAAGAAGGUGUGCUAAGAAAUAUGACAACAGAAUCUCUCCUAAAAACACUUCCUGUACUUCAUGAGCAGUUAGAUGCCUUGCUUGAUUUUGAUUGUAACCCAGAUGAUUUAAGCAAUGGGGUUAUGAAUUCCUGUUUUAUGCUGCUUUAUAGAGAUCUGAUUCAGUUGUUUGCUGCAUACAAUGAUGGAAUUAUCAAUUUGUUUGAAAAGUACUUCACCAUGAAUAAAAAGCAUUGUAAAGAGGCCUUAGACAUAUACAAGAAAUUUAUUAUAGCCAUGGACAAGGUGUCAGACUUUUUGAAAGUAGCUGAAUCGCAUGAAGAUGCUCAUACUUUAUGUGUAGAUUGGAAAACUCUCCUGAGUGUUGGCAUUGAUAAGGGCAGUAUACCUGAUCUAACCAAGGCUCCGUGUACUUUGCUAGAAGAAAUGGAAAAUCACCUUACAUAUUUGGAAGGAAAAAAAAGUCAAACAGUUGCCAAGACAAAUUCAGUUCAGUGUGCAGUGUCUGCUCUGAGCUCUACUAGUUCUGCUUUAGCAAACAGUGCACAUGAAAUCUCUCACGAGCUGAAUGGCCUGACAGUGGAUGAGAGUAUGAGGAGGGCUGUUGAAGAAGAAGCUGCUAUCAUGAAUCAAUUGAAGUCGCAUGAAGAAGCUCAUACUUUAUCUGUAGAUUGGAAUACUAUCCUGGAGCAGAGGUUGAAAGAACUAGCCAAACAGACUCCCGAUGCUAUCCCCAAAGUUCCCAGCCCCAUACCACCUCCUGUAUCUGUGAGUCCCCCUGCCAAGCCAAAAGAAACAAUGAACUCAGAAAAGCCCUCAUCCGAUUUGAUGUCUCUGAAUCAACCAGUUUUAGGUGGAGGUUUCAUACAGGCUGUCCCUUACCCACAAGAAGAUCUUUCAGCAGUUCAGCCUCAAGCAAUGGCUCCAAAUUUUGUCACUGAAGUACCUUUUAGUGCUGCAUUUCCUGUGGUUCAACAAGCUGAUACGGGAGGUUUUGAUGCAUUUGGGGAUGUGUUACAGCCUCAGGCAACCAGUAGUCCCGUUCCCCCCGAAGAGUGUGAUCCAAAGUCGUCUCCCACAUCUACAGCAGGGGGAAGACUCAUAUCAUCGGACUUAGAUUCAAGCCUUCAAACUCUAGUCCAAAAUCUAGACAUCAAUGGACCAAAGAAACCUCCUGCCAAAACUGGUGGUCAUCAGUGGGGUUCUCCAAAAAUUUCUUCUAGAACUGGUGGUGUGAACUGGAGUCCAAAUACACCUGUGUCAAACUAUGUUGGUGUGCCACAGAAUGUACCGCCUGUGGCUGCUGUUGGGCAAGGAAUGGUUGGAAUGGUCAAUGUUCCAGUUUAUGGCUAUCCUCAAACAGUAAUACCUACUAUGAUACCUGCUCAAUCCUUCAGGAUGCAAACUGUGUGGCAGACAACGGCCCCCCAACCCACAGCUUUUGUGAUCCAACAACCGGGAAUGCCCCCCCAGCCUGUGCAGGUUAUCUAUGGAACACCUUCUCCACAGCAUACUGUGAUACAAGGUACACCCACAGCUGGUUCUGUGGCCGGUCACAAUCCUUCAAAUGAUCCUUUUGGAGUCUUGUGAAAAAAUAAUACUAGUCUUAAGUACAGAUGAAUGUUUACUACUGGUUCAUAAAAAGUAAAAGCAAAAUUGGAGCUAACUUCGAGGAAAUAAAAAGUCAGCCUCCAGUUAAAAUAUAGUUCAGCAAGAGCAUUGCUGCCUUUAUAUAUAUAUAUUUUGUUUUUGUUUUUUUUUCUCUUUGUUAUGUAAAGUGUUGAAAUGUGUACUUAAAACAGUUCAUCUGAGUACAUCAAUGCAUAAUUUAUUUUCAAACUAACAGCAAAUUAGCUCAUAAAAAUAAAAGUUUUUGAAGGAAGACAAUGAAGUGUGUCUGUGGGGAUUAAGUUUUGGCGAUGUUUCCUCACUCUGUGUAUAUAUGUGUGUGUGUUUUUAUAUAAAUAUGAAAGAUCAUCAUUAAAUAAUAAGAGGUGUUAAGACUUAGAGCCUUAUAUCUAGAGAGUGCAAUGCAAUGUGUCAGACCACAAAGAAAGUUACAUGGCAUUAAAAAAUUUUGCAAAAAUAUUCUA